CAUAGUUUGACAAAGGGUUUACAGUAUUAAUUCAGGGAGGAAUGCUGCUAUGGGAUUUGUAGGGGUCUUAUGCCAAAUUAAUCCAAAAGUCCAUUAAAUGAUGUCUGAGUAGUGAGGAUGGUUGUGGUUAAUGUCUGAUAGGCACUGAAUGGGAUGUGUGCUUCUGAUAGUGUGAUGUUUUGUGAGUUGAAUUCUUUUUUUUUGCUCUUGCUGUGCACAUGCAGGUGUGGGCAUAAUUGUUCAUAGAGCUUGGUUUUGCGUUGCAGAUUUUAAAUCUGAACUUUAUCUCUAAAUCAAUGUGUGUUUGCAGAUGUAAAAAAACAAGCAAGAAGAGUCAGAAAAGGAAAAGAGAGACAAAAUAGUGAAAGUGCUUGGCUCCAGGUGUAUGUGUGUGUUUGCUCUGGUGAUGACAGAGCUGCAGGUUUGGGCAGGGUUGACAUGUGACAUUGUGUGUUAGGGGAGUAGGCUGAGCACUCGCACACACACAAAAGGAGACACACUGGUGUUCACAGGCACAAAGAGAAAAGAGACAACAGCAAGACAUCAGGUAACCCAAAAAAGGAGAAGAAAAAGCGUAAGUGCAUCAGAGGACACAAGAAGUGAAACAAGAGACAAAAAGAUUUAAAAAAAUGACCAUUGGCAAGAACUCCAGGAAGACCUCUGUCCGCAGCUCCAUCCGGGCCCCAAAGUUUCUGGACAAAUCCAGCGGCUUCUACGGUCGCCUUGAUGAACCUGAGACUGCGGAAGCAGAGGGGAGCAAAGAAGUGUAUGGGAAUGGGCUAGAAGAUAGUAACAGAGGAGGGGGAGUUGUGAGCAGCCCAUCCCCAUCUAUUGAGCACAGUUCUGGGGUAGAUGAGAAUGAAGAGCCUGAGGUGUUUGACUUCAGUGAAGGGAUGAUGGAAGAUGAUGGGGAGACUCUCCUCCAGAGGAAACCCAGCCGCCACAGCAGUAGGUGGAGAAGAAGCUCCAGGAGGAAGCAGAAAGAGGGGAGAGCAGAGGAGGACUCGGGCCAAGAUGAGAGGCCCAGCCAGGGCACGGACUCUCUGGUUGACCCUCACAUCCUGGAGCACACCAGAGUAAUGAUUGAGGUAGAGCUGGAGAAACUUGAACAGGAGGAAGAAGAAAAUGAGAAAGUAGGAAAGGAGCCUGCGCUUGUUCACCUCCCGGCUCAGGAGGAUGCGGACAACCAGGUCCUGAUUCGAGACAAGAAGCGAGGGAGAGAAGAGGAGGGAGAAGAGGACAGGAAGAUGAAGAAGGGGCAAGAGAAGGGGAUGAAGGUGGUGAAGAGGACCCCGAUGAAGAAUUACGGCAAGGCCUUGGACAGAGCAUUUCGUCGUGGCUGGGAGGUCUUCGUCACCAACCUCUACAGCAUCACGCUCACGGCUGUGACAUCUUCCUCGCCAUCUUCACCUUUGUCAAAGAAGAGACAGCAGCACAACUCCGUGUUAGCAGAGUUUCAGUAAAACGGAAGACAGAGGUGGAUGAUAAAAUUAAACCCUUUCUAAUAUUUAGUUUGUUCAAAUUAUGAGGAAUAGGGACAUGCCUGUAUUUAUGACCAUGUGGGGACUUUUAGUCACUUAAUGUGUUUGAGUCAUACACUAGGCUUCAGAAACAUUAGUUACUGAGUCUUUUUUGCUCAAUAUAAAGUUUACUGCUUUGUCAUAUUAUGUUGCAAAUUAGUUUCCGCACAGACUGCAGGUGUUUUAUUUCAUGAGCUGGGGGAGCCAAGCUGUUGAUUUUACUCUGAAGUCUAUAGGACUGGCUUGAAUUGAACAGUCCAGUCUUUAUGUGAAGGACUUCAGCUGAUCCUGGUUCCCUUCUUGUGUGAUUCUAAUUUUAGUCGGUGGUGUAAGAACAGUUUAGCAUCGUAGCUCCUUACAUCUAGUCCACUAGUUAGAGCUUGGAGUACAGUUAAUCACUGCUUUCCUUGGUUUACCACUAUGAAACUACAAAAGUGUUGAUGUGUAACCAAAAAGAAUGGAAUGUUUCCAGUGAAUAGCGAUGACUGAUUAGUGGACUUUGAUUCUGGAGAUAUUCAGAUUUCUGUUUCUGAUAGUUUGUGCCAUUUUUUGCUCUCUGGCAGCUAAUCAGUAACCAGCUGUGGUUAAAGAGGGGAGAACCAACAUACAAAUGCGCCCACUUAAUCAGUAUUAAGACAUUAGCAUUGUCCACAUUAACACACACAUUUGUAUGUCAGUAUUUAUGGAGAUGUUUUAGGUUUUUAACCUGUUUAAACGGGGGGUUCCCAUCUGUGUGUGCACAGAAAUACAGCAGAGCUGCCAAGUACUACAAGCAUACCAGUGUUUGACUUCAUCAUGAGAUAAAGUUCAUCCCUGUGUGUGUUCUCAUCAAGGUUAUUCAACCUGAAGGGGCAGGCAGGAGAGUGUGUUUGAGAGAAAAAGAGAGACAACUGGUUUAAUUGUGUGGUUAUAAAUAAGUAGGCCUACCAAACACAGCAACAGGACCACUGUAUGUCGUUUGAUUAUCUCAUUACAGCUGCACAUAUGUUUUUAUAUGUAUUCUGACCUGAAAUGAGUACCCCAGCAUAACUGUCAAAGAAUGUUUAAGAAAUAUUUAUUGUUGGCCACUGUUAAAAUGAAACUGUAAUCUUACAAUAGGCCUACUAUAAUUUCCUGUUAUCAUCUGUGUAUUUAUUUUGUUUAUAUAUAACCUCAAGUGUACUAGUAGACUCUGAAAUAACUCUUAAAUGUUAAUUUCUUUAGAGCUUCUUUUGUAUCCUAAUCAAAACUUAUGAAGUCAUGAGCCAUAACCCAGGGCACAUUUCUGAAGUAAAGACUGGAUUUAUUCUGCCAGCUGUGUUUUUGUUUUCAAAGAAAAACUGAUGCUAUAAAUAUCUACUUAAGUGCCUGCACUUUAAUUAGCUAACAUACAUAAAUAUAGUCAAUGUUACAGUUGUUAUAUGGAUGAAUGAGAGCGAGAGAGCUGUCGAACACAGCUCCACGCCACCAUAACAGAAUAUCAUUGUAAGUUGUGCCAAUAAAAGGAAUGUCAACUAUGAUGUAAAAUAACUAUAAUCUAAUGUAUGCAGUGUUG